ACACACACACACACACACACACACACACACACACACACACACACCAUCUGAAUCAAAUGAAUCUCACGCUCAUAACAUUACUUUCAUUCACUGUCACUGGUUUUGUAAAGUUUUUACAGUACUGCAACUUCAUGGAGGUGAUGGUAGGGGGAGAAUUUUAAGGUUGUUUGUGUGAACAACUAACAGACCACAUGAUUAUUGGUUCAGUACUUUUUCACAGAAAUCUCACUGGUGUUUGUAAUACUGGCACUUACCGUCAUGAUCAUAUGAUUCUGAUGACGUGCAAUUACUGUUGGUUGUAAUCUCAUAUUAUCAUCUUUAAGUUCACUUUCUCUAGUUGAUAAGUGAAAAAUGUUCUUUAUCAAGCUGUCCUCUAUCUAUUAUGAUUUUUUUUUUCUUUCAGUGAAUACAUAUAUUUUCUUCUGAGGAAAUAUUAGGAAAUCAGUAGCUACUCUGAACCAGUAAUGCAGUAUAUGUUCCAUUAAAACUGCUGGAAUGCAUUGGUUUGGCUCUGUCCCACCUCUUUCACUACAAACUUCGUGGUCUGGCAGGAAGGUGACUUGGGAACCAUCUAGGGGAGGAGUGGAGCCCCCUAAGUUACUAGAUCUGAAUGCAGUAGGUCACAUUCUCUGAUGUUCUACUUCAAACGAAAAAGAAGAGUCUUGCUUAUGAGCUACCCCUGAAGUGUGUGUAUGUCAUCAUGGUUGACAUCACUGGAAGGGUGACUGCACUCAGUCACUCCUUUAGGCUGCUGGAUGGCUGUAUGUGUUUUUUGAAGUUGGACAGUGGAGGAAGAACCAAACAUAUAUUGGUGGAGGAAUCCAAGCUUCAUGAAUGGCAUCAACUCAUUGAAAUACACAGAUACUACACCUUUACUUGCUUGCACCCCCAGAGCUUAGAUUUAGAAACUCAGUCAGUCGAUGCCUUCAUCACAUGCUGCCAAUCAACUUUAUCCAAACUCCAUGAGGAACAACCAAGUGCACUAGAACAUCAUUUAGGAGAACUCUGUAUGGGAAUGCAGCCUAAAGUACUUUCAUGCAAGAGGAAGACAUUCUUUCAGGCUAAGGUGGCUAAAGUUAUUGAUGAGGAAGCUGGAAUUUAUCUUCUAGACAGUGACAUGAAGCUGUACAUUACCUUCCUCAAAGACUUAACAGGAGAGGUUUGGAAUGAAGAAAGCUCAUACAAAACAGAGACAUUUGUUGAAGCACUUGAUAACCAUCAAUCCUUUGAAACGUCAAGGACAUCAUUACAUCUAUCAAAGAGUACAGAUGUAUAUAAGUGUUUGACAGUUGGAGACACCAUCAGGAUCUUUAGAUGUCAUUACUUAUUAAAAGAGAAGAAAGUUACUUUGGUGUGCUGUGGCCAGAGCUACAUUGUAAAUGAGAGCAGAAAGCUUGCAUUGAACAUGCACUCAAAUAAAAAAAUACCAUGGAUUACUUCUGCUGUUCACUCUCACAACUUAAACUUCAAGGGGCUCACCUGGCUACUGAAACUUAAGGAAGAGUUACUCAGUGUCCUUCCACCCAUUAUCUCAACAUCUGCUUGUCAUUCAAGCCAAAGUCACAGUGGUGACUCCAGCCUGCUUAUGUUACUGAAUGAAGCUAAGAAACGGAACAUGAUGAAGGAAAUAAAACCUCGCUCACCAGUGAAGGAGUUUCUUGAGCCUGUCCAUGAAUGUGACCUCAUGCAGGAUUUUGUGGCCCCAUUUGAGCUUGUAUCUUUAAAAGAUAUUUUGCAUGAGGAAACUCAAAAUACUUCUGUGACGACCUUGAACCAAGAUCAACAAAUUGAUCAUAGCAGCCAGUUUUGUGAUUUUUGGAGUUAUUACGUCAGUCCAGAGAGCAAGUACUCCUCUGUGUUGGUGGGGAAGUUAGGUGCUGGCCUAGAUGGAGUUUUACAGUUACAUCAAGCUGAGGUGACAAUGGAUCUAGUCCUUAUUGGCAAUGCAGGCAUGGCUUUAAGCAAAUUUGAAACCACAGUUGCACUUUUUAAUUAUCAUAUUGUUAGGGAAAAUUUUCAUAUGGAUGAGAAAGAUUCUGUGGAUUUCCACAAGGCUUAUAUAGUAUUGAGAAAUUCAGAUUUGGUAGUACUAGAAGAACCUGAAAAAAAAUGUUUGUCUUCAAAGAGAGCUGAUUUUGAUGGAUAUUCAUAUAAAUUUAAACUUUUAUCUAAGAGUGCACUUGUUGUUCCUCAUCUCUGUAAAGGCAAUUUUUCACUUUCUGAGUUUCUGCAAAGUAAGUUUUUUGUUGGGAUGACAACUAUAAUGAAAAUUGGAUGUAAAGGGGAGGUAUUAAAAACGUGGCAGAAGUUUGUGAAGUUUUCUGGAAAGAAUGCCAGUCUUUAUCCACUUCUUGAAGUUGGAGAUGAGUGUGAACUGAAAAUACCACCUUCACUUGAUGCUGAAACCAUCCUUAAACAGUCUCACUCAUUUAAUUGGAUGAAGUGUAUUUCAGAGGAUCAAAGUACACACUGCAUUUUUCUGCCUUCAGAGAUUCUCUUACAGAAAGUGUCAUCUAUGCAGAUGAAGUGGGGUGAAGUAAGUGUGCAGCAAGUUCAAAAUCAGGGUCACAAAUUAGAACUUAUUACCGUAACUGGCACUGUCAUGCACAAAACAUUUCUGGUCCCCAAAUUUGAAUCUGAAUCUUCUAAACUUACUCAUGGCAUUUAUAAGAAUUGCCAUUUUGGUGUUCCUGAAGGCAAACAAAUUAAAAUAUUAAUCAAGGAUGAAAGUGAGUGUAUGAUGUGGUUGUACAUCACUUGUUCCACAAAUUAUUUCACUAAAAUCUACCCCUUGUUUGUGGUUCCUGGAAUUAGGAUCAUUGCUACAGAUGUGAGGAGAAUGGUUUCCAAAAGCAGCAAAAAUGUGUACCUGAGCAGCUCUAAUUUCACACAUAUUAUACCUCUAUCAAUCUCUGAGUCAGAAAAAGUGGACAAAACUGAUAAAGCCACAUUUGUGGUGCCUAGGUAUGUUGUUCUUGGAAAUGUUCCUCUCCCUUCUGAUCCAUUCAUAAUAAUUGCUAGGGUUCAUUCAAUUAUGCGAGCAACUUUGAAAGUAGUUUGUAAUGUUUGUAACAGUAUCAUGGAAAAGUGUUCAGUUCAGUGUAUGAAUUGCCUUUCACAGUCCUCAGCAAAUAUAGAAGCUUCAGUGGAAGUAGAAGUUGAUGAUGGCACAGAUACUGCCCUCAUCCUGCUAAGAAAUCUGAAGCAUUUUGCUGUUCUUCUGAGACUUUCAAAGAAUGACUCUAUGAAACUAUGUAAUAUUGUUCAAUCUCAGUGCUUGCAUUUGAACUAUGAUUACUGCAAGCCACAGUGUGACCAGUCAUCCAGAGAUUUCAUGAUGAUGAUUACUCAGUCAAAACUUGCUUAUUCUUAUAAGUUUACAUGUAGGAAACAAAGUUCUCAGCCUCACUUAUGUCUAGAUGUGUCACUGUUGAAGCCAAAUGAAGAUGUAAAACUUCUGUAGUAAAGUAAAUGCUCCUUAGAAUUUACAUGUAGAAAACAAUUAGGUUUUUGUUUCUCAAGUUCUUGGUUAGUAUCAAAAUUUCAAACUACAAUUGCUGCAGGCCAAGCUGAUCCACUAGAACUACCAACUUGCUCCCUUUUGAUGGGACAGCUGAUGGAUACACUCUGUGUUUUUGCCUCAACCUCAGAUUUUUAUAAGAUCAACUUAUCAGUUACCUUUGCUUUGAGCUUAUUUUAAAAAAUGUCAAGAAGAAAACAAUAUGAAAGUAUUAACCUUUCAUAAUAAUUGUAGUGAAAAAUAAGCAUACUAUUUGCAUAAAUUCAUGCAUGUGACUUUUGACAUGCUCUACAUCUUCAGUGUGUGUCGACAGUCAUAUGAAUGAGGUCAUGUAAAUCAUUUGUUUAUUUGUUUCUAAAAGUUUUCUGAAGGGUUAAUACUGUACUUUGAUAUCAUCAAUGUUUUUCCUGUAAAUAUUGAAAACAAAGUCUAGGGCAAGGCUACUUGACGUGGUAAAUGAAAAUAUCUUGAUUAUGAAAGUUUGAUAAGGUGGAAUAUUACAAAUGCAGCUGUUCUGCCAGAAGGAGGUGAGGAGACAGAGGCACAUAUGUGGCUUCUAGAUCAGCCUGAUCUGUGGCAAGUAUAGUAUACACUUGAAAUGUUUUCAGAAAAGAGCUGUGAAGGAAUCACUCUUAUAUGGGACAUGUAUUUCAUCUAGAAGUGGGGUAUGGACCAUAAUAUAAAGUUCAUUGCUCAUAUGAAAAUAACAGUGGCAUUUAUGUAAACAGGAAUAAGGUUAAGAUCUUUAUUUGUUUGUAGGGGGAGCUUGUGAAAAUGUUUUUAGAUAAUAAUAUACCUGUCAAAAAAAAGGGCAGCUUCCAUAAAUUAUUCCAUCAAUAAAACAAUGAAAUAUGUAAAAUUAAUGAGUGAGAGAUUGAUUUAACUUAUCUUUUAUUAAUUUAGGGUUGGUAACUCAUUUUCUUAAUUUACUGUGCUGCUUUUGUACAUCUCAGCUUCUGUGUGACAAAGAGAAAAUGUAUAGAAGCAGAGACCAGUAUAAUGAGAAAAAUGAGGAGCCUCCCUUUUAAUAUCAGUGUUGAUAUAAUUAUUACAGGGAGAAUAUUUAAUUAUUAUGGUUAUAAAAGUUAAGAAUUUUUC